CGCUGCUGAGCGGCCGCCGGCGGAUUGGUCUGGGGAAGUGCGGGGACCAAGUGGCAGCGACUCGGACAUCUGAGCUGCCACUGCCGAAAACGGGCCCGCCGGACAGGUGCGUGGGCAGUAGGCCACUUCCCUGCUGCUCUUCGCGCUCGGGCUAGGGUAAUCAGUAUGCAUUUCCAAAGCUUUUGGCUAUGUUUGGGUCUUCUGUUCAUCUCAAUUAAUGCAGAAUUUAUGGAUGAUGGUGUUGAGAUGGAAGAUUUUGAUGAAAAUUCAGAGAUUGAUGUUAAUGAAGGUGAACUCUCCUCAGAGAUUAAAUAUAAGACACCUCAACCUAUAGGAGAAGUAUAUUUUACAGAAACUUUUGAUAGUGGAAGGUUGGCUGGGUGGGUCUUAUCAAAAGCAAAGAAAGAUGAUACAGAUGCGGAGAUUUCCAUAUAUGAUGGAAGAUGGGAAAUAGAAGAAUUGAAAGAAAACCGAGUGCCCGGUGACAGAGGCCUGGUACUGAAAUCUCGAGCAAAGCAUCAUGCAAUAGCUGCUGUAUUAGCAAAACCCUUCAUUUUUGCUGAUAAACCCUUGAUCGUUCAAUAUGAAGUAAAUUUUCAAGAUGGUAUUGAUUGUGGAGGUGCAUACAUUAAACUCCUAGCAGACACUGAUGGUUUGAAUCUGGAAAACUUUUAUGAUAAAACAUCCUAUACCAUUAUGUUUGGACCAGAUAAAUGUGGAGAAGAUUAUAAACUUCAUUUUAUCUUCAGACAUAAGCAUCCUAAAACUGGAGUUUUUGAAGAGAAACAUGCCAAACCUCCAGAUGUAGACCUUAAAAAGUUCUUUACAGACAGGAAGACUCAUCUUUAUACCCUUGUGAUGAAUCCAGAUGACACAUUUGAAGUAUUAAUUGAUCAAAUAGUUGUAAACCAAGGAAGCCUAUUAGAAGAUGUGGUUCCUCCUAUUAAUCCUCCCAAAGAAAUUGAAGAUCCCAGUGAUAAAAAGCCUGAUGAAUGGGAUGAAAGAGCAAAAAUCCCAGAUCCUUCUGCUGUCAAACCCGAAGACUGGGAUGAAAGCGAACCUGCCCAAAUAGAAGAUUUAAGUGUUAUUAAACCUGAUGGCUGGCUUGAUGAUGAACCAAAAUUUAUUCCAGAUCCUAAUGCUGAAAAACCUGAUGACUGGAAUGAAGACAUGGAUGGAGAAUGGGAGGCGCCUCGUAUUUCUAAUCCAGCAUGUCGAAUUGGGUGUGGUGAGUGGACACCUCCCCUGAUAGAUAACCCCAAAUACAAAGGAGUGUGGAGACCUCCAAUGAUAGAUAAUCCUAACUACCAGGGAAUCUGGAGUCCUCGAAAAAUUCCUAAUCCAGAUUAUUUUGAAGAUGAUCAUCCAUUUCUUCUGACUUCUUUCCGUGCUCUUGGUUUAGAGCUUUGGUCUAUGAGCUCUGAUAUCUACUUUGAUAAUUUUAUUAUCUGUUCAGAAAAGGAAAUAGCAGAUCGCUGGGCUGCAGAUGGUUGGGGAGUGAAGAUAAUGGUAGCAAAUGCUAAUGAGCCUGGUAUAUUUAAACAGUUAGUGGUAGCUGCUGAAGAGCGCCCAUGGCUUUGGCUCAUUUAUCUUGUGACUGCAGGGCUUCCAAUAGCAUUAAUUGCUUCAUUUUGUUGGCCAAGAAAAUUCAAGAAAAAAUAUGAAGAUUCAGAGUAUAAAAAAACUGACAUAUGUAAACCACAAACAAAGGGAGCACUAGAGCAAGAAGUGAAGGAAAAGAAAGCUGCCCUGGAGAAACCAGUAGAUUUGGAAGAAGAAAAGAAGCAAAGUGAUGGUGAAACUCUUGAAACUCCUGAAAAAGAAGAGGAAGGUGAACCUGAGGAAAAGAGUGAAAAAGAAAUUGAAAUUAUAGAAGGACAAGAAGAGGGUAAUAAAUCAAAUAAGUCUGGAUCAGAGGAUGAGAUGAAAGAAGCGGAUGAGAGCACGGGAUCUGGAGAUGGGCCAGUGAAGUCCGUACGCAAGAGAAGAGUACGAAAGGAAUAAACUCUAUUCAAGUAUUUUUAAUUCCUGAGCGAGAUAUUUGGCAUUCUAACAUCAGUGUGCUAGAGCCGAACUUGAGUCAACCUGCACGUUUCUAAUAUCUAGCAAUGUUAUUCUUUCAGACAUUUAUUUUAGUCUUUCUUUUCAGGAAAAAAAAAAAACAAAAAACUUUGAAGUUACCUGGUCUUUAAAUUUAGAAUAAAGGAGUGGCACGUUACUUAUCCGAUUUAAGAGAUUACUAUCAUUAGAAGUUACCAAGUUUUAAAAGUUGGAGAAAGUUUUGGUUUGUACAGAGCAAAAUAAUACGCAGCAGCUUUCCUGCUGUUGGAAAAUCAGUUACUAGAAAUUCCUCUUAAAUGGCUCUAUGACGCUGUAACGGUAGUUCUAUAAUAAAAAUGAGAGUGCGUUCUGUUGUUCAGAGCUAAACACAAUAAAGUUGCUGUAUGGUUGUUUGAUUCUGUCCACAGUUGAAA